UUGAAAAUAAAUAUGCUUGACUUUGUAUGUGGAAUCUGCAUUUGUGAAUAUCCUUUUUGCAUUUGUGAAUCUCCAUUUUCCUUUUAUGUCGAUGACGUAAUUUUGAGACAUUCCUACUGCUGGCCGAGAUCCACAAAUGAAUACCACUAGAUUUGAAUGCGAAGACACCCUCCACUGAACAACCAGCAGAUGGCAGUGCUGUGCAACGAUAGCUAGUCUGGCAGAGCCGAGAUAAAGGCAAGCGCUAACCACGACAUUCAGCAGAAUCUGGAGUGGAUGAUGGAUAGAGCCGGUGAUCAAGAAGCAUCUACUAGAAUGGUGGAGACGAUGGCCAACGCCCUACUUAAUGCGUUGGCCAGGUCAAGCGUUCCCACCUCUACCUCCACUAACCCAGCACCCACUCCCAUCUUGACCCCUACCCCAGUACCUACCUCUGCCCCUGCUCCUUUCUCCACUGCUAGCCCUGCAAGCAGGAUAAAUAAUGCAUUGAAACGACAGUUUCCUGGUAUGUACUCUGGGGGGCCUGUAAAGAGAGGGAAGGCUAGGUUUAACCCCCCCCCCCCCGACAGAUCCCCUAGAGUCAUAAAUCUGCCAGUGUUUGUCCUGCCUGGACCAACAACAGUAACCCCAAAGGGCUCCAGUGAGCUGGAGCUUGCCCACACAGGCCUGGGGAAGAAGGUGGUGCUGGUGCCAGAAAGUGCCAGCCAUUCAGAGAUUGUCUCACUGAUGGAGGGGGAGUUUACAAAGCUGAGCCCUCACAUGGGGAGGUGGAUGUUUUUUAAAGCCACAGGUGGCAGUGGCCAGAGGAAAUUGAGCAUCAUUCCAAUAGAUUCAGAGGGCUAUUCGGGCCGUCAGCUCCGUGUGGCAUCGAACAACGGGAAGAACGUGCUGUUUAUGGUUCCUCUCCAGGAGGAACUGGAAACUUUGCCCCUGCCCUUUAGUUCCCCUGAAUUUUCAAAAAUGCCGAAGGUGGCCUGCAAUACUUGUUCGGAAAUCAUCCCUUUGCAGAUGUUGGCACUACACUGAGACCUGCCAGACAGCUCAGCAGCAACCGGACAACAUCAUUAUAGAUGACAAUGAUGAGGAGGAUGAUGAGGUUGAUGGUGAUGCAGAUGUGGACUGUACGAUGG